CUCCUCCUGCGUUGAAUUGUGGGUAAUAAUCACUUCCGUGGUGUGCUAGCGUGGAGAAAAUUCUGCAAAAAUGAGGGUAGAAAAAUGUUUCUUCUGUUCCAGUCCGAUUUAUCCUGGACACGGGAUGCAGUUUGUUAGAAACGACUGUAAGAUCUUCAGGUUUUGCCGCUCAAAAUGCCACAGAGCCUUCAAGAAGAAGAGGAAUCCUCGGAAGGUCCGCUGGACCAAGGCCUUCAGGAAGGCAGCAGGAAAAGACUUGGCUGUGGACGCUUCUCUAGAGUUUGAGAAGAGGAGGAAUGUUCCAGUCAAGUACAACAGGGAGCAAUGGAAGGACACAAUUAAGGCAAUGAAGAGAGUAGAAGACAUCAAGAGUAAGAGGCAGGCCCAGUUCAUUCUCAACAGACUGAAAAAGGGGAAAGAGCUGCAGAAGGAGGCCGACAUCCGGGAGGUUAAACAGAACAUCAGCCUCAUCAAGUCUCCUGCAGCUCGCACCCAGAAACUGGAAGAGAAGAUGGCACAAGUCAUCCAGGAGUCGGACCAGGAGAUGGCAGCUGAGUAAUGCUCAUCGUCAUCACAGAAGUUAACAACCCAGCUCGAACGUAACGCAGAGAGCAAGAAAUUCGCAACUCCUGCCAAUUUUUUGUAUUGUCGGAUUAUAGACUCACGAGUAGUCUAUAUGCUAAAACAGCAUUAUAAAUAGAUAUUAUAUGACUAUGACUUUGAACUAACCCUAGAUGAGAGCAUGGAAAAUUAGCGGAUAUUACUCUCCAAGCAGAGGUUGGUGGGGAAGAUUGUGGCCUUUCUAUCAUAUGCUCCGUUUUGUGACGUAGUGACAUUGAACAGGGCAUAUGAUAGGUAACAAUCUUCCCUACCAACCUCUGCUUGG